AUGCCUCCAGCAAAAGCGCGUCCGGCGCAAGACGAUGCCAGAUCAGACGUUUCGACGACGAGAGACCGACAAGUUGCCGCAGCAGCACAUGCAAGGAGUAAAAGGAACACCGGCCAAGGACAGCCGAAUGGUAGUCAUCUGAAGGAGAUUGCUCUUGUCAGCACCGAGUCCGGCAACGUCGUGGUGCCGGGUCAAAGUACAGGAAUGUCCUGGACAACCACCUCUCCCAAGGUCCUCAACACAUACCGCGUUGCGCAUCACCUGCCACUACCCGCAGCCUUCACAUCACCGUAUAAUCAAGCUCUACUCUCGAAUGCUGGUAUAGGUCGACAAAGCCCCACUAUGGCCCGACGGAAAGACAAGAGACGGAUAGCGAAGGAGCAAUUGGCAUUGGCCGUGCGGAAGAAUUUCAACACUGCGGCUGUGAGCGAGACGGAUGUCGUCGUCGGGCUGGUCUAUAAAGUAAGACAUCAGGACAAAGCCUUCCGGAUGAGAUCAUUGCCUGCUCCUGCUGUCAAGAAGCCAUGA